CGGGCGGGAGCAGCCGCGUAGCUGGCGCUGUCCGGGACGCCCGGCUGGGCCAGCCAUGCGUUGGGGCGCGGUCCCCUGCGGGUCGGGGCCGGCGGCCCUGGCCGCCGCGCGGAGUUGGUGGGCGCCGCCCCGCUUUCCCUGCGGGGCGAGGUGGCGAGGGGCGCCGUGGGGACCUCCGGCGCGGGCAGUCACCGGGGCCAGCAACCAGCCGCGGGACGCGCGGGGCGGCAAGUACCGGGACACCGUGCUGCUGCCGCGGACGGGCUUCCCCAUGAAGCUGCUGGGCCGCCAGCAGCCCGACAUGGAGCUGGAGAUCCAGCAGAAAUGUGGAUUUUCAGAACUUUAUUCGUGGCAAAGAGAAAGGAAAGUAAAGAAGGAAUUUUGUCUUCAUGAUGGACCUCCCUAUGCAAAUGGUGACCCUCAUGUGGGACAUGCUUUAAAUAAGAUUCUGAAAGACAUAGCCAACCGGUACCAAAUGAUGAAAGGGGCAAAAAUCCAUUUCGUCCCUGGUUGGGAUUGUCACGGGCUGCCCAUUGAAAUAAAAGUACUAGCAGAACUUGGUGCCAAAGCUCAGAAUCUUUCACCUGUGGAAAUCAGGGAGAAAGCCAGAUCAUUUGCAAAAGCAGCAAUUGAGAAACAGAAAGCAGCGUUUAUUCGUUGGGGAAUAAUGGCAGACUGGAAUAAUUGCUACUAUACAUUUGAUGGAAAAUAUGAGGCCAAACAGUUAAGGACUUUCUACCAACUGUAUAAGAAGGGCUUGAUUUAUCGAUCUUAUAAGCCUGUGUUUUGGUCUCCUUCAUCAAGGACUGCCUUGGCUGAAGCCGAACUCGAGUAUAAUCCUGAGCACAUCAGCCGAUCGGUGUACGUCAGGUUCCCUCUGCUGAAACCUGCCCCUAAACUGGAAUCUCUUAUGGAUAGUGCAUCUUCUAUUAGUUUCUUAAUUUGGACCACCCAGCCUUGGACAAUUCCAGCCAAUAAAGCUGUUUGUUACAAGCCGGAAUCAAACUAUGCUGUGGUGAAAUGUUCCAAAUCUGGUGACUUCUACAUACUGGCUGAAGAUAAAAUAUCUGCUGUUGCUUCCUCUUUGGAAACCACAAUGGAGGUUAUCUCAACAUUUCCAGGUGCAGACUUGGCAGGAAGCACUUGUGCUCACCCUUUGGUUCCUGACCAGGUGUCCCCUCUUCUGCCUGCGCAUCAUGUGACCAUGACAAAGGGAACAGGACUCGUCCACACGGCCCCGGCUCAUGGCAUGGACGAUUACAGCGUCGCAGCACAGCACGACUUGACCCUGGAUUGUUUGGUGAAUGAAGAUGGAGCUUUCAUGGAUUCUGCAGGUCCUGAGCUCAAAAACAAGGGUGUCCUUACAGAGGGGACUGAUGUGGUUAUAAAGAUGCUUCAAGCUUCAAAGAAUUUGUUGAAAGAGGAGAAGUUGGUACACAGCUAUCCCUAUGACUGGAGGACUAAGAAACCCGUGAUUAUUCGUGCCAGCAAGCAGUGGUUCGUAAACAUCGCAGACAUUAAGAGCACUGCCAAGGAAGUCUUAAAGAAAGUGAAAUUUAUUCCUGGGUCCGCACAGAAUGCCAUGGUGGACACGCUGGACAGGAGGCCUUACUGGUGUAUAUCAAGGCAGAGAGUCUGGGGCGUUCCGAUCCCCGUGUUCCAUCAUAAGACCAAAGAUGAAUUCUUGAUCAACAGCCAGACCGUGGAGCACGUGGCCAAGCUGGUGGAGGAGCAGGGCAGUGGCGUCUGGUGGACCCUCCCCCCUGAGCAGCUGCUGCCGCCCGAUGUCUUAUCGCAGGCCAGUGGGCCAAAUGGUCUGGAGUACGUCCCGGGCCAGGAUAUCUUGGACAUCUGGUUCGAUAGUGGGACGUCCUGGUCAUACGUUCUUCCAGGAACUGAACAAAGAGCAGAUUUGUACUUGGAAGGAAAAGACCAGCUUGGGGGCUGGUUCCAGUCCUCCCUAAUGACCAGUGUGGCUGCCAGGAAACAAGCUCCUUUCAAGACCGUGGUGGUUCACGGCUUCACCGUGGGAGAGACAGGGGAGAAGAUGUCCAAGUCCCUGGGGAACGUCAUCGAUCCUGCUGUUGUGAUUGAUGGAGGGCAGGACCACAGCCGAGAGCCGCCGUACGGCGCCGAUGUGCUCCGAUGGUGGGUGGCCGAGUCCAACGUCUUCACCGAGGUGACGCUCAGCCAGUCGGUGCUCAGCUCUGCAAGGGACAGCAUCAGCAAGCUGAGGAAUACACUCCGCUUCCUUCUGGGGAACGUGGCUGAUUUCAACCCGGAAGUGGACUCAGUCCCCGUGAAGGACAUGUAUGUCGUGGACCAGUACAUGCUGCACUUGCUGCAGGACCUGGCCAACAAGAUCUCAGACUCCUAUAAGCAGUAUGAUUUCGGGAAAGUCGUUCGGCUCUUACAGGCGUUUUAUACCAGAGAACUUUCUCAGUUUUAUUUCAGCAUCAUCAAAGAUCGGCUAUACUGUGAAGGUGCCAGCGACCCCAAGCGACGCUCCUGUCAGACAGCGUUGGCUGAAGUCCUGGACGUGCUGGUUCGUGCCAUCGCUCCCAUCCUGCCUCACCUGGCUGAAGAGGCCUUCCAGCACAUUCCGUAUGAGAAAGAGCCGAAGAGUGUGUUUCGCACCGGGUGGGUCCAGACGAGCUCCAUCUGGAAGAAGCCGGGCCUGGAGGAGGCCAUUGAGAGUGCCUGCGCCAUGCGAGACUGCUUCCUGGGCAGCAUUCCCGGCCAGAACCCCGCCGAGUAUGAGCUCGUCAUCGUCAUUGAGCCGGGGCUGCUCUUCGAGAUCUUUGAGAUGCUGCAGAGCGAGGAAACAUCCAGCACCUCGCAGCUGAAUGAGCUGAUGAUGGCGUCGCAGACCACACUGCUCUCUCAGGAGCCAGGCCCCCUGACGGAAGACGCGAUUCAGCACAAAGGGAGCUUCGUCAUCAAUCUGGAAGAUAUCCGGGAGGAGUCCUCCUACACCGUCUUCGUCAUGCCCACCACCAAGGAGAAGUGCCCGCGCUGCUGGAAGCACACGACCCCGUCGGCGGAGCAGCUCUGCCCCCGCUGCGCCCAGGUGGUCGGGGGCGAGUAGCAGCACAGCAGCGGCCUGGGAGGGGGCAGGGACAUGCCCGGUAGCGCCUUCAGAGGAGUGUUUGUGGGCAGGGAGGGUUGUGGCUUUUUCUGUAAGUAGACUGUAAAAACGUGUGUUUUUCACACAUGUGAAAAGUCCCCUCUCCAGACGGGGAUGGAGAUACCCAGAACCCAGUGCUCAGGUGGCUGAGCCUUCCAGUAUGGCGAGGCAGAAAAUAUUUUAUACAUCUUUUGACUAUUUAAGUUCUACAAUGUACAGAAAUAAA